UCCAGUGAACAUUUUUUUUUUUUUUCAACAACAUUGGAAACAAAACGAACCAAAACAUCGGACAAAAAAAAAAAAAGGCUGGAACACGAAGACGAUGUUGCAUUCCCGUAAAUCAAGGUAACAUGGCUUCCAUCAAAUUCUCCACACAGUUUUGAUUUCGUGAGCAUUUUCUAUUCAAUUAUCGCAAUUCUCAAAGGUUGUUGCUUCAUUUUGCACGAGACCCGUUUGAUGAAAUGCUUCACCCAAGUCUCAAACUAAACCUAACUCCAACAUUGAACACACAGUGAUUUAACUAUUCAACAGUGAUUGUUCCACCAGAUUCAGUGUUGUAUCGUUUACAAGUUUCCAAAAUCUUUCAUUUUUAGGUAUUUUCAAUUUGGGUUAUUAUGGCCAGUAAAACUUUGUUUAAGUGGCCAAAGCAAAUUACAAAUUCACUAGUUGAGCAGUUAAUAAAAGCCGAAAAGGACAUAAACAAAACUCUUGUUAUGUUUGAUUCUGCAACAGAAGAGUAUAGCAAUGGAUUUCGUCAUGAUCACAAUACUUUCGGUGCAAUGAUUCAUAGGCUAGUUUCUGUGAAUCAGUUUAGGCCAGCUGAAGGAAUGUUGGAGAGAAUGAAGCAAGAAGAUUGCGAGGUUACUGAGGACGUGUUUUUAACUAUAUGUAGAGGCUAUGGACGUGUGCAUAGGCCACUUGAUGCCAUCAGGGUUUUCCAUAAGAUGGAAGAUUUUCAGGUUAAGCCGACGCAGAAGUCUUACCUUACGGUAUUUGAUAUUCUCGUGGAGGAAAACCAUGUGAAAAGGGCUAUUGGUUUUUAUAAGGAGAUGCGAGAAAAGGGCAUUCCGCCAACUGUUGUUUCCCUCAAUAUUUUGAUCAAGGCGCUCUGCAAAAACGAGGAAACUGUUGAGUCUGCUUUUCGACUAUUUCGUGAAAUGCCCAAUCGUGGAUGCCAGCCUGAUUCGUAUACAUAUGGUACGUUGAUUAAUGGGCUGUGCAAACUUGGAAAAAUCAGUCAGGCAAAGGAACUGUUGGAUGAGAUGGAGGAGAAAGGUUUGUCGCCUUCUGUUGUUAGUUACACUAGUUUGAUACAUGGCUUGUGUCAAUCUAAUAAUUUGGACGAAGCUAUAGAAUUGCUCGAAGAGAUGAUAAUAAAUGGCAUCGAGCCAAAUGUUUUUACAUAUAGUUCUUUAAUGGAUGGUUUGUGUAAAAGUGGACAUUCUUCACAAGCAAUGGAGUUGUUAGAAGUGAUGGUUAGAAGACGUCUAUUGCCCAACAUGGUCACUUAUAGUACUUUAAUCAAUGGACUGUGUAAAGAAGGAAAGCAUAGAGAAGCUGUGGAGAUUCUUGACAGGAUGAGGCUUCAAGGGUUGAAACCAGAUGCAGGGAUGUACGGGAGAAUCAUAAGCGGCCUUUGUGCUGCUUGCAACUAUCAAGAAGCAGCAAACUUCAUUGAUGAGAUGGCUCUUGGUGGUAUCUCACCUAAUCGAGCAAGUUGGACCUUUCAUGUCAAAAUGCAUAACAUGGUUGUCCAAGGUCUUUGUAAUAAUGUUGAUCCAACUCGCGCAUUCCAAUUGUAUCUUAGUAUGCGUACUAGGGGUAUCUCUGUUGAGAUUGGCACUUUUGAUUGUUUAGUCAAAUGUUUUUGCAAGAGAGGAGACCUGAAUAAAGCUGCUCGAAUUCUGGAGGAGAUGAUAUUAGAUGGCUGCAUUCCGGAUGAGGGAAUGUGGAAUGUAUUAAUGUGUGGACUUUGGGAUCGGAAAAAAGUUCGAGAAACUACUGAGCUAUUGGUGGCUGAGCUGAAGCAGAAAUUUGUUGAAGCUGAGAGUUGAAGUUUGUAAGUCCAGAUGAGAACAUAUGGAAUGUAUUAAUUUUUGGACUUUCUAUGAUGAUCAUUGCUUCCAUGACCAAGGAUAAAGAUUCAAACUGUGACAAUAGAUUUGCUGUGUGCAAUUGAAGGCUAAAUUUACACCUAACCUUCUCUGUUUGUGGACACUUCUUGGUUCAUGCCUGACCUUUUUUGAAACUUUAACGACGCAGAUAUUUGUUGCAAAAAGAUUUUCCAUGGUUCUGGCCUGAUGGAUAAGGCAAACACACAGGUAAUUAAAAAUCCUCUGUUUUGAUCAAACCCAUUAAAUGAUGGUUAUUUUAAUUUUUCAUUUUCUAGAAACCUUGUCAGUUCCAGUAUUUUGGCCAAAUUUUAAGUAUACCACAUUCUUUUCAUAGCGCAAAAUUAACAUUUAAGUUGGCAUUCUUAUUUUUCAUAUGGUCUGACUCCUCAGAUACUUUAUCUAUUAUUGUGUUGUUUAACGGUGAAUUCUCACUAUACUUUAACAAGGUUCUGAUGUUCUGUUUUAUCUGUUACAACAAAAUUGGAGAAGUUCAAAAUUCCUGCUAGAUAGGGUAAAUAUGUAGAUUGCUAAGUAAAUAGAUUGUAUUUUUGACACACCAUGUCUUUUUGUGUUUGUGGAUCAUGAUCAGCUAAUGCUGAAAUUUUCUGUUGGGGAUAACUUUACAUCUCUGCUGGAAACAUGUGUAUGAUUGUGAUUGUUCAACAUGUAUAUUUGGGUUUAAGAUUCAAUAAAUACCAUUUUCCCCUUGAAAAA